AUGUCAGGACCCAAGCAUUCCCGCCACCCUCCGACACGUAUUCUAGACGCCGUCUCUCCUACCCGCCAUUCUGCCAUCGGCCUUCUGGACCGCGACAAGUUCAGCGAGUCCGACGGUUGGCCAGAGUGGUUCAUGCGGGGUUGGACACUGCAAGAACUCAUCGCGCCGAAGCAGGUCGAAUUCUUCAACAAGGACUGGGCGCCCAUUGGCAACAAACGACACCUUUCAUCUACGUUGGAGUGUGUAACGGGCAUUCCUUGGGAAGUUUUGAGGGAUGGUCUGGGUGCGAAGCGACUCAGCGUCGCACAGAUCAUGUCGUGGGCUGCCGGCCGCAAGACGACGCGCGUAGAAGAUCGGGCAUACUCACUGAUGGGAUUGUUCAGGGUUAACAUGCCCAUGUUGUACGGCGAGGGCAAAAAGGCAUUCCAGAGGCUACAACUGGAAAUCAUCCGCGUAUCCAGCGAUCAUAGCAUAUUCGCAUGGAAUCCAAGUGAACCGCGGACAGGCAGUGUCCUGGCUGAGGAUCCGAGCGACUUUCGGGAUAGUAGCUUCAUCAAAAUAGUGAAACGCGAAGAAUUUAUUGACAACCUAAUGACACUCAUUGAACGGAACGCACUCGACGGCCCCCGGCACCCCCAGCAUAAGUUCAGAACAAACCCGAUACAUUGGUGCAGAAUUACAUGGUUGAGGUGGCGUGCCCGUGCGAUCAGCCACCAACUUCGCACAAUCUCUGUCACCAGUUCAGGUAUCCAAGUGUGUCUGCCCGUCAUCCCCUCUCGCGACUCUCCGUCUCAUCUCAGAGCUAUAUUGCCAUGCGGCUAUUUCCCUUUCACCAUUGAUUUGGUAUCCUCUGUAUCCAACUUUGAGAGGACUUUUGCAACUGCUCGUCCUUUGGCCCGCCUUACCACAUAUCCAGAAUUCAAGACACUCUGUCUUACUUAUCAUCAAGACACCAAUGAAACGCGCCAAGAAUUUGCACUCGACGACAAGUAUGCCUCGUACCAUGGAUUCACUCGUUGCGGCACGUACCCGCGCGAGUUUACAGGCGACACCGUUACACUCUCAUCUCUUACAGAUGAUCUCAUCGUUAUAGUGUAUGCCAAUGACGACGCCAGGUCUCGCUUUGCAGUCGGCCUCGGAUACUACCUCGGCCAAGGAUGGGUGCACGUUGUCUAUGAUGGAUGCUCCCCAACUCAGGACUGGAUGCCAUGGUCAAAAUUUGCCUCUGGAGCAUAUCGGCGAAUGUGGGGUGCACGUGCAGAACAUGCUCGGAGCAUGCCCAAACAAGAACACAACGAUGAACGCCGUCGCAAUGACCACUUCAUUAAACAUGUCCACUUUCCCCGAUCAAUCUGGGCUGCCAGGAUAGUCUGGGGAUCAUGGUUGAUGUCGAGCAAUGUCCUGGUUGUUGUGAUGGGCCACAUCGAUGGGCAACGACAUUCGUUGAACGAACACUGUGGCCUUGAUACGCCGGGGUUCAUGGAUACCAAUCGCUAUCCAUAUGAGUUGAGGCUAAAUGGCUUGCGGGCCCAGUUUGCCAAGUGUUCCGGUCCACGGAUUACGCUGGGUGAUUAUGGUGACAAUUCCGAUAGCAACUUCAAAUGCACUGGCAAUAUAUUUGAGGAUAUGCGGACCCUUGGCAACAUUGAUCCCACAGAAUCCGUUUAUCGUCCCGUGGUCCGACGUGUAUCCGGCUUCGAAUGGCUAAUACGUCGCGCGGAGAAUCGCACUGAGCUUGUCGUGGCGCGCCACACUAGUACUGAGGGCAAACACCUAGCUCUGCGUCAGCCAAAGGGCCUAGGGCUUCCUACGAAUGAACAUUUUGAGCUACUGCUGAAAGACCUGGCCAUCCGUCUUGCAGGAAAGCAUUUAGUGACAUCGGUCAUACAAUGUUCAGGUUUGUACGAAAUUGAUAAUGGCGGGGAGGCAAGGGACUCGGGUGACAUCCACAAGUUUGGCAAAGAGAAAUGCCUUGUGUACAGAGAAGGGAACAAUUUAAAAGUAUCCGGUAAACCAAUGGAAUCACAUCAACCUGCGGGAACCGAAGUCCGUCUCCAGUCUGCAGUGCAUUGGAAAACUGUCGGCAAAAUAUUAUUCUUUGAAAGGCUUCCCUCGAUGAUGGAAAGUGAUUCACUCAGCGAGGUUUCUGCAGGCAGUGCGGAAGAGGAUGGUUUACUAGCACGCACACCAAAAUUGUCGUGUGCCGACUGGGUGAUGAUGUGUAACCUAUUUAAGGGCAGCUGGCAAUCCAAUGCUACGCAGGACCCACACCUUGAAGUCGUGUUGCCUGCGUUAUCCAAGCGAUGCCACACUCUUUCGAGGGAUGACGCGCGGCGUCGGUAUGCUAAUGAAAGGCAAAAAGUGGAGCGCGAGUUGAAGUCCAUAUUGCAGACUCUGAGUGCUGAUCUACUCCAACACAUACUUCGUGUCUUCAGAAAUGCAUAUUUUGAACACCAGUACUCAAGGACACUUCAACCGAGCGACAUUGAAUAUGACGGGCAAGUCGACAUUCCUUCGAUGAUAAAAGAGGUCGAAGUUCUCCAAGCGAAACUUGAUGCAACGGUGGACGAGGAUGAGCAGCGAGCACUGGAGGAAGACGUGACAGGCAAGGCAAGGGCAAAUAUCAACUUGACUUUCUUAGAUCUUGUGGCUGUGUUGGUGUGGGAUAUGUGCGGAAGUCGACCAACUGUUACCAAAGGCGAGUCAACCCCAUUGUCUCCGCAGUUGUCAUUUGACAUGGUUCAGGUUGUGGAUUACAUCUGGAGAGAAGGAAACAUGAAGGGCUUAGGGGAAAUUACCUUCGUUAUGCGUUCAACAAACCCAGGUGAUGAUCAAGCUCACUUGCAGCGGAUCAUGCUUGAUGCAGGAACAAGCACAUCGAAACAUCAUUUAUGGCUUGCCGCUCGCGCAGCGGAGCAAGCCAAGUGGUCAGCAAACAUGGGUAUUGAACGCAUGAAAGAGAAUUCGAGGGGUAAUUGCAAACUGAUGCGUUUUGCAUUGGGUAACGUGCAACCACUAUGUGAAUCCACAAAACACAUGAAGAUUCUGCUCAUUUUGACUUGCUUCAUCAACAAGGUGAAUGUUCACAAGGACAACUUGCCAUUGAUAAUGAUCUGGACUCAGCAACUGGAUCCUCCACUGCAGCAAACAUGGGACCAGCACCUGAGCCUGCAGUGUUAUGGCCCAUGGUUGUGGAUUUUGAGUCAGCAGCUAGUGUUCAAGCCACCUGUAAUGGUGCCAUUUACUGAGUUCAGUCAAGGCCAUGCACCCAAAUCAUACACCCCUGAUCCCUGCAUGGCUCCAUGGUAUCCAUUUUGCACUCGUCUUGAUUUUGACCUUUCAGAAUUCAUCUGUGGGGCUGCUCUCAACAGGGAGCAAAUUAAUUUUAUCCUCAAGCUUUCAAGAUGUUUUCAUACUGAGGAGUGCACCCUAGAAACUUACAACAAUCUUGAGAGUACUUGGCAGGCCACUUCCCAUUGCAUGAUGAUGGAAAGUGUAAUAAGUGUGCCAUUUGCAGGUGAGAUGAUGGAGUUUGAAGUGCACUAUCAUUCACUGUGGGAUUGGGCUUCUGAUCUUUUGAAGGAUACCAGUGUGGGGCCAUAUUUUGUAUUUGAUGCUCAGCACCUAUCAAAGUUUGAUGGCUCCUUGUUUGUUCAUUUCAUUGACAAACCAUGGAUGGCUGACAAUUUUUGGAAUGUACAAAGUGACUUACCACCUGAUGGCAAGGUUCUGGCAUUCAUCUGGUGGUGGCUGGGUAGUUGGGUGGCUACCAAUUGUACAGUAAAUGAAGACAAGAGGUAUUCUGGAAAGACAUCUUUCACCAACUUCAAGAAUCUCAUUUGGCAUGAAUCAUUCAAGAUUCUGGACACCAUUUCAGUCUACUUGAAAAAUGGCUGUUGGGUAACAUGUUGGGAUGGUGUCCUGCAUCGACUUUUCCCUACCGUACUAAUUCUUUCUGCUGAUUACAAAGAGCAAGUGGUCAUAGCACUCAUAUGUGGUGUCAUGUCACAUCACCCUUGUCUGGUUUGUCUCAUUCAUCAGAAUGAGAUAUUGAAAUUCCCCACAAACUGUGAACUUCAUACAAGUGAGAAUGUUUCCAAGACUUUACAGGAGGCACAGUCCCAGAACCAAGCAGAUAGUGCCUUUCAUGCAGUCAUGAACAUGGAUGUUUAUUGCACAUUGUGUUGGGAUUGGUUGCAUGCAAACUGUGCAGGAUUGUUUGGUGAUCAUCUGUGGGGAGAGCUUCUGAAGAUCCUUGAGAAAAUGGGUUGUCAGACAAUGGGAAAGGCUGAGCAAAAUCUCAAUCAUUUUGAGGAAGCACUUUGGAUUUCAUAUACAGACAGUCAGAAGCUUGAGGAUCUUUCUAAGAUAAUCAUAUUUGCCUGUCAUGACAUCUUGCUGCAUGAGACAGAAAAAGAUGGCUACCUUCUGUUGCACUGUCUGCGUGCUUACAUCAAGUUUGAUCUGUAUACAGCACUUGAACUACAUAUGACACACACACUUACCACUGGGUUGGCACCAUUUUUGAAAUAUGUGGAGCAAACUCAGCAUACAGGGAAAAAUUGGAACUUUCUGAAGAACCACACCCAUAUGCAUGUAUUUGAUGACAUCAAAGCAAAGGGUGUCACCUGCAAUUUCAAUAUGAAGCCAAAUGAGAAAAUGCAUGGUCCGUUGAAGCAAGCAUACCAAAAGCAAACUAAUUUCAAGGAUGUUGCUCAGCAAAUUCUCCAUGUUGAUCACCUUAGACUGAUUUCUGAGCAUAUCCAAUGCAAGAUCAAGGAAUAUGAUUCUUACAGGAUGUUCAGAGUGGCAACGAAUAUGGACACCAUUGAUAUCACUGUUGAUGAGCCUGAGGAAGAAUAUUUCCAUGUGAAGUUGGGUAGCCAAGUGAAGAAGCCAUUAAUGUUUGAGGGUAUUGAGAAGAAGAGGAAACCUCUUCCUGGCAAGAAACACAUCCAAUUCCAAAGGAAUGAUAUGAUUACAGAAUAUCACUUUUCAAAGUCAACUUCGAGUCCACUGUCGACUGGUGCUAGUACACAGAUUAUCUAUGCUCCCACCCCAAGUUCCAUGGGUGUCCUUGUUAUGACUCUGUACUCAUCAAGACUCAGCAAAAUGACAUAUUUGGGCAACUUAUACUUCUGUUCCAUGACUUCAGAAGGACAAACACCUCAACUUCUGGAGGUGCCCUUCUGUAUCCAGAUCAUACAAGAGCUGGACACCACUAAAACCAUCAACUAUUCAUCUGAUCAGCAAAUUUCCCUUCCCAUACCAGAUUUGUGGAUCCAUGCAGAGCAUCCAUGCAGAGUAUGA